GCGCGCGACGCGGCGGCGGGACCCCGGCGCCGGCGCCGCCCGGGGCGGCCAGGCCAGGGUUGACGGAGGCAGGGGCGGCGGGCGGCCUGGCACCAUGUUCGGCUCCAGCCGGGGCGGCGUGCGUGGCGGGCAGGACCAGUUCAGCUGGGAGGACGUGAAGACCGACAAACAGAGAGAGAACUACCUGGGCAACUCGCUGAUGGCCCCCGUGGGCCGCUGGCAGAAGGGCCGAGACCUCACUUGGUACGCCAAGGGCCGGGCGGACGGCGCGGGACUGAGCCGGGAGGAGGAGCUGGCGGCCGUGCGGCAGGCGGAGCAGGAGGCACUCAUGGCGGCGCUAGGCUACAAGAACGUGAGGAAGCAGCCCACUGGCCUGAGCAAGGAGGACUUUGUGGAGGUCUGCAAGCGAGAAGGAGGGGAGCAUGAGGAGAAGGGAGUGGACCGGCUGCUGGGCCUAGGGAGCUCCAGCACCACCGCGUGGAGAGCAGCCGCCCAGGGGCCUCCCCCACCUCUGCUAGGAAGAAGCCUCGGUUUGAGGAGGAGAAGGUGCAGCCUGGCCUGGAGAGCCACAGGAAGAGCAGGAAAGAGAAGAAGAAGAAGAAGAAGAGGAAGAAGAAGCACAAGAAAGAGAAGAAGAAAGACAAGGCACACAGGAGCAGGGUGGCUUCUCCACUGUCUCCAGCUCCUGCAAGGCCGGGGCACCACCAGUGCGGCUCUGACUCUGAAGAUUCCUUGCCCUGCUCCAAGAGGCGACGCAGCCACCACAGUGACUGAGGCCAGAUCACAAGGGGCCCCCAUGUCCAGCAGGGGACCUGCCCCGGGAGGACACACUUGCCUGGGAAGGCCCCGAGACACUUCUAUUUUUCUUCAACUCACUUUGUACUUAAAUAAACUUAUUUUAAGGGGAAAGCCUCUCAUCCUUGAGGGAAGGUGGCUGUCAUGUCCCAGUAAAGUUCCAGCAAGACCAGCCUGAGACCCUGCUGGUAGGGCGGGGAGGGGGGGGGGGGGCGGGCUCUCCCUGGGUUACCAUGUCCAACCCCAGGGCACAGACGUGCACCUGGAGCCAGCAGUGUGCCCCACCCCUGGGAGGUGAGCACCUAGUCAUUAAACCCUCCUAUUACAGCCUGCCUGCAGGGAGGAUGAAACCCAGGGUGCACUCAUGAUUGUGAAACUGGCAUCUUUGGCUUUAAGUCAUCAAACUAAAAACGAUUCUGUCUUCAUAA